GAGGGAGUGUGUGCGUGUGUGUGAGCGAGCGAGCGAGCGAGUGAGCGAGUGUGUGUUUGCUGUAGCUGGACUGUCGCCGCACUGAACAGCACGCUUGCGAAUUUUUGCAUGUCAGGAGCGGAUGAGGAUCCUGUCGCCGGUCAUCGGCCGCUGCCCAUCUUUCGUCUUGUUCCUAAUUAAUCAGCGGCAUGUGGAAUUGCGCGAGGAUAAGCAACUGGCUUUGCGUCGCGUGCCUGCUGUUAACGACGUGGACCAAGGUGUCCUGGGCUUCGGGCUAUUUCGAGCUGCAGCUGAUGAGCGUGGAGAAUGUAAACGGGGAGCUGUGGGACGGAGAAUGCUGCGACGGCGCGCGCAACUCGCGGGACCAGCGGUGCACGCGCGACGAGUGCGACACGUACUUUAAAGUGUGCUUAAAGGAGUAUCAGAGCGAGGUGACCACCACUGGCCUUUGCAGCUUCGGCAGCGGAUCUACUGGCGUGCUGGGUGGAAAUAUAUUCUCUUUUAAAAACGCUAAGGGCAACGGCAACAAGAUCAGCGACGCCGGGAAAAUCGUCAUCCCUUUCCAGUUCGCAUGGCCGCGAUCCUACACACUCAUCGUGGAGGCCUGGGACUGGGACAAUACCACUCAAAACAGUGAGGAGCUGCUGAUUGAGCGACAUGCUCACACAGGCAUGGCAAACCCUGGGGACCCAUGGCAGGUCAUUGUCCAUCCUGGCGCCACAGCCCGUCUGGAGUACCGUGUCCGCAUCAAGUGUGACGAGAACUACUAUGGCAUCAAGUGUAACAAGCAGUGCCGGCCUCGUGAUGACUACUUCGGGCAUUACCGCUGCGAUCCUUCUGGAAACAUUGUCUGUCUGGAAGGAUGGAUGGGACACGACUGUCGAACUGCAAUCUGUAAGCAGGGCUGUAAUCUGAUUCACGGAGGCUGCUCAGUGCCCGGGGAAUGCACGUGUAACUAUGGCUGGCAGGGUCAGUUCUGCGACGAGUGUCUACCCUACCCAGGCUGCGUGCAUGGGACCUGUGAUAUCCCGUGGCAUUGUAACUGUGAGAAGAACUGGGGUGGACUGCUGUGUGAUAAAGAUCUGAACUACUGUGGGACACACCAUCCCUGCGUGAAUGGAGGCACCUGCAUAAACUCGGAGCCGAACGAGUAUAACUGCGCUUGUCCUGAGGGAUACUCGGGCAAGAACUGUGAGAUAGCUGAGCAUGCCUGCGUGUCCAACCCAUGUGCCAAUGGUGGCACUUGCCAUGAGGUUCCGUCUGGGUUUGAGUGUCAAUGUCCUCCAGGCUGGGAGGGUCCCACCUGUGCUAAAGACAUGGACGAGUGUGCCUCGAGUCCCUGUGCUCAAGGAGGAACCUGUAUCGACCUGGAUAACGCCUUCGAGUGUCUCUGUCCUCCGCAGUGGGCUGGGAAGACCUGCAAGAUUGACGUGAAUGAGUGUAUGGGGAAGCCUUGCAAAAAUGCUUACUCUUGCAAAAAUUUGAUUGGUGGAUAUCACUGUGACUGCUUUCAAGGAUGGGCUGGACAGAACUGUGACAUCAAUGUAAAUGGCUGCCAUGGACAAUGCCAGAAUGGCGCGACCUGCAAGGAAGGGGCACUGGGAGGAUACCACUGCCAGUGUCCACCAGGCUUUGUAGGCACCCACUGUGAGAUCCAAAGGAGCAAGUGUGCCAGCAGCCCCUGUCAGAAUGGUGGUCGCUGUCACGAGGUGGGGGAUAGCUUCGUAUGCGAAUGCAUGCCUGACUAUGCUGGGAUGCUGUGUGAGGUGCAAAGCCAUUGGAACUCAAACCUUUGUGAGCCCAACCCAUGUAAGAAUGAAGCAACCUGCCACAGUAUGCUGGGAGAUUUUUACUGCGCAUGCACUGAGGAUUAUGAGGGAAAGACCUGUGCGGAUCGCAAGGACCACUGCAGGACUGCCCCCUGCCAGGUGAUUGACAGCUGCACAAUCACUGUGGCAAGUAACACCUCAGUCGGAGGCGUGAGACGUAUCUCGUCCAAUGUAUGUGGGUCUCAUGGCCACUGCGUCAGUCAGCCCAGCGGCAACUUCACCUGCACCUGUGACCCUGGCUUUACUGGCACUUAUUGCCAUGAAAAUGUGAAUGACUGUGUGAGUAGCCCAUGCCGCAAUGGCGGGACCUGCAUCGACGGUGUCAACUCUUUCCAGUGCUUCUGUCCUGAUGGCUGGGAGGGCAAACUAUGUGACCUCAACGUGAACGAGUGCAGCAGAAACCCAUGUAAGAACGGUGGCCGAUGUCAAGAUCUGGUCAAUGACUUCUACUGCGAGUGCGCUGAUGGCUGGAAGGGUAAGACAUGCCACUCGCGCGAGAGCCAGUGCGACUCCAGUACUUGUGCCAACGGGGGCACCUGUUAUGACCAUGGAGACACCUUCCGCUGCGCUUGUCUGCCUGGCUGGGGUGGGCGUACCUGCAACACAGCAAAGAACAGCACAUGUGCUUCCAGUCCAUGUGUUAAUGGAGGAACGUGUGUGGGAGGUGGUGACACGUUUACCUGCAUUUGUAAGGACGGCUGGGAGGGACCUACCUGUUCACAGAACACCAAUGACUGCAACCCUCACCCUUGCUAUAAUGGAGGAAUCUGCGUGGAUGGUGUAAACUGGUUCCGCUGUGAGUGCGCCCCAGGCUUUGCCGGGCCUGACUGCCGCAUCAACAUUGAUGAAUGCCAGUCAUCGCCCUGUGCGUAUGGAGCUACAUGUGUGGAUGAGAUCAAUGGCUUCCGCUGCAUAUGUCCACUCGGACGCUCUGGACCUCGAUGCCAAGAGUUCAUAGGCAUUGGGAAGACGUGUCAUUACACUGGAUUGCAGUUCCCUCAUGGCAGCCGCUGGGAUGAAGACUGCAACACCUGCCAGUGUAUUAAUGGCAAAGUAGAGUGUACAAAGGUGGUGUGUGGCAGGCGGCCAUGCCUACUGCCAGGAGCCCCAGGGAGAGAGCAUCACGUCUGUCCAGCGGGUCGCGAGUGCCUAGAGCACGGCUUCCUCACCUGCCUCUCUCCCCCAUGCCACCACUGGGGCUUCUGCUCAAGUCCUGACACCCCACCAGCUGUUCACACCAAGUGUGAGCCCAAUACAGGCUACCUGGGCAACAGCUGUGCCCGAAUUACACUCAUCUUCAACCGGGACAAGCUACCCACAGGUACGACAGUGGAGAAUGUAUGCUCAGAGCUGAGGUACCUGCCUGCUACACGGAACCUUGCCAAAGAUGAUGCCCUAUUGGUUCUCUGUGAACUCUCCUACUCCAACCAGGAUGCAGUAGAGGUGGCCAUGUCCUUCCAGCAGGAUGAGCAGCCUGACCACAGUCGGAUCCAGGAGGCGGCCAGCACCGUCGUCAGCACGCUGUCCAAGCGCCACAACAGCACCAUCAUGCUGGCUGUCAUCGAGGUCAAAGUGGAGACGCGGGUCGUGCCUCAGUCUGUGGAUUAUCUAGUGCCUGUGCUGUGCGUGGUCUUCUGUGCUCUCUGGGUGUUCUGCGUGAUCGUGUGCGUGUGGUGGACGCGUAAGCGACGAAAAGAGCGUGAGAGGCGCGAGCAUGCACCUGUGGAGGAGAGCGUCAACAACCAGUGGGAGCCACUGCGACCAGUGACACGGCAGCAGCACAAGGACAACCGGGAUGCUGAAUACGAGCGCGCCAAGCUGAUGGGCAACACCGAGCGGGCGUGCAAAGGCAGUGAAGACGACCAGCUGGAGGAAGAGGAUGGGGAGGAAGAGGAACUAGAGCUGUGCGAGGAGUGGUGUGGGACAGAGGGCGGCAAGAGGCCCAUCCAAAAGUACUCGAAAGCGACAGUGCAAGUGAACAGCGAGGUGAUCUGCACCACACGCAGCAGCAAUGCGCCCCUCAAAGCGCCUCACCGGACAGCCCACAGCCACAAAGACAACCGCUGGAAAAACACAAACAGCGCCACUGGCCAAGACCCCAAAGAGCUGUAUGUAUAGACGCUAUUGCACAGACCCGGGCACAGAGAGAGGCUUUUUUUCUGACGAAGAAAACAACAGACUGUUGAGUUUGAGAGAGAGAGAGACGGAGAACUUUGUUUGUUUGUUUUUUUCCCUCUUCACCUUUUUAUUUAAUGUGCUGAGAUAUUUUGAGUCUGAGAUUUUUUUUCCCCCUUGAAACAUUUUUUUUUUAAUUUCUGAUGUACAGAUGAAGUGAAUUUGUUUUACUUUAUAAGAAUAGGUGAAGAGAUGGCCACUUUUUUUUCAAAAUAUACUGCUGAAAGAAAUUGAGCAGGAAAUCGAGGAAAAAAAAUAUAAACUGUGUAAAGACUUUUCGUUGCUGUUUACAGAUGAUUCUGGUUUUGUUUUAUUGUGAGUGGCCUGUAUUUUGGAUGGGGCUGCCAGUGAAGUGCACUGGCCCUGUGGACAGAAGUAAGAACUCCUUGUGAUUUUGCCCUCAUUCAUCUCGUCACCUCUCCUCACUCCAUGCUUGCCUUACUGAGCUCGCAGGUCGGUGCCUGCGAAGUGGCCUUGUUUUUCUCUUGUGUCUGUUGUCUUGGCUGAACACUCCUUAAAUGAUAAAGGAUUGCAGUAUUUUGAGUUGGUAGCAAGUGCCUUCUGACAAGCCUGUUGCAUCUCUCGCUGCCGAGGUCAACCCCAAUAGAUCACAAAGGGAGCUUGUCUCCCAUUUUGUACCACCGAGGUAUUUGAUCAAAGAAAGAAAGAAAUCUGUAAAUAUUUGUACAUAGUAAAGGAGUCGCUGUGUAUAUUUGAAUUUAGUAAAUUAAGACAAGUCACAUUUUUUUAUUACUAUUAUAAUUAUGAUUGAAAUUAUUAUUAAUAUUAUUAUUGUUAUUAUUAUGAUUAUUUGGGUUUUUUUUGUUUGUUUGUUUUUUUACAAUGCCAUUCCUUUUAUUUAUGCCAGUUGACAUAGGCAGGUUUUAUACAAGUAUACAGCAUCCCACAGUCAGAACAGUAAUGUAAUCAAAGUUCAUCUUUUUUUAUGUUGUUGAUUUUUGUUUUCACAUUGACACAAGUAAUUCUUUAAAUUUAGGUGGUAUAUUGUGGCGUGUGUUUUUGCUUCCGUAACAUCCUCUGUGCCCCUUUCAGCAUCUGUCCUUCCUUGCUGUCAUAGAAUUCUGGAAGCCUGCAGAAAUUCCUGAUACAUGUCAAGGCCUAUGGGGCCAAACGCGCCUUUGCAAUGGUGCAGUUCUCUCCUACGAUGUGAAACUGUGUUCUUGCUCCAUCUGAUUGCUCCUGGGUUUUUUUUCUUUUCUUUUCUUUUGGUUUGAGGCUUCAUGAAGGGAACAAAUUUCGUUGUAAAGCAGUUUGUGUUUGAGGUACCAACUCCAAACAAAAAUGGAUUACCUCAGAAGUGGCUGAUUUUUUUUUUUUUUUUUUUUCCCUUUUAUUUUCAUUUUGAAUAUUACUCUUGUGGGUGGCUACUUGCUGCCACAUAUGGGAGGAUUCAAAAUAAAAGAAUUGAAAUAUCCUGAAUUAAUCUGAACAGCUGAUAAAAUAAGAAACCCACAUUAAAAGCUGAAUGUGCAUUAUGGGAAGGAAUGGGUUCGGGUCUGAAGAAGAUUGGAAAACAAAAAAAAUGUAAUUUUUUUGUACAGAAGAAUUGCUCUGCAAAGGUUUUGGUUCAUUUAGUCAAAUUUAUGUUUGUUCUUAGAAAUAAAUCAAACUAUUUAUUAAAGCAUUUUAUAACAAUAUGCUCAAGAAAACUACAGUGUUCUGGUAUUUAGUGUGAAAUUAGCAUUUGAAGAAGGUUUACUCCACAUCUGUUAACUCACCUAUGAGGAGAAGAAGGAAUAAUUUUUAAUGGUGUUCUUUUUCUUAGCUCUUCUCCACUGAUUUCUAAUUUCUAACUUUGCUAAGGUUAUAGUGUUGGAACAAAAUAAAGAAACUCUGGGCUGAGUUUUAUAAUAAAUCAACUGUAUCAAAUAACCCUACUUGCCCUUGCUGCAGCCAGAGGUGAGCAGCAAGACAAUCAAUACAGGAACUGUCUUCUUCUUCCAGUCAGGACGGCCCUGGGAGGAAACAACCAAUAGCAUUAGCUCUCCUGUUCUCGGCUGACUACACGCAGACCAAUGGGAUCUUCUGGUUUCUUGUGGCUUCAUCCAUUCUGAAUGUUUCAUGAGGAUCUGUAUGAUGAUGCUGAGAGUUUGUUAUGGUUUUGUCUCAUGAGCUGCCACUAAUGGGAUGCUUCUCUGGUGGAAUAAUGGCAUCAGGUUUCACAUCUCAGAGGGGAGGGUUGAGGCAGUGUAGGUGUUUCUAAUACUGUAAUUUGCUUCAUUUAUGGUAGUACAUCUAAACGAAGAGCUGGGAGAAUUAACAUAGAAUACAGCAGGGUAAUAAAGCAGUGAAUAGACAGCUGAUGAAUAGGUGCAAUAGUGCGCUUUUCCGACACAGUUAUUAGCAUUAUGGGCUUGUGCUUAGCAUAUAAUAAGACAGAGCAUCAUUUACAAUGGCGUACAGAAUUAUUUGCACUUUUCAUAUUCAUUUAAAAAAAUAUGUAAAAUUGUAAAACAGUAGGAGAAACUAUCUUCAUUCUAAAAACUAAUUAUUCAUUGAAUCGUAUCUUCUCUCAAAAAUAUAUAUGACAAAUUAAAUAAUUAAAUAAGUAAUAUUUAAAAUACAUGCAAACAAAUAGUUAUUUUUGAAAACAUUUUUUUUUUUUUUUUUGCUCAGUCCUCAGGAACUCAUUUAACCAUAUCCUGUUCUCCUGGGGUUUAAAUAUGAGGUUACACAUGUGUAAAAUCCCUUUGUUAUCCAUUACUGCGGGGGGAAAAACCAAAGAACUUUCAACACAAAAGUAACUGAUGGUUGUUGACUUGCACAAGUAAAGUAUUUUUUUUUUAAGCACAAGCAGUUCAAAAUACCUUUAAGCACAAUUAUGUUGAUAAAAAGAAUCACAUGUCUAAAACAGAUAAGUUUGUCACCUGACCCCUUGAGCACACUUAAUUAAAAAUUAGAGAUUAAAAAUUAAUUGAUUCUUGUGGUUGUUUCAAAAGUUUCCAAAUCAACUAUUAGUUGCUACUUUUAUAACAAUGAGAAAGAAGCCGUUCCUGAGAGCUUGUUAAAAAAGCAACAUCUGAAAUUCACCAAGCAUCAUUAGAACUACAGUUGGCAUAGUGUCUUGUGGUCAAAUCAGACCAAAAUCAAACUUUUUGGUCAUUCACACCAGGUUUGUUGGGAAACGAGGGCUACAUACAAGGCACCAAAACAUCCACUGUACAGUUUGGUGGCGGUUUAGCUAUAUUUUUUGGACUAUUUUGUGGCUGGUGGUUCAGGGGCUCUAGACUAAUGCAAUCAUUUAUUCUGCUAAGUACCAGGGUAUUUCAGCCCAAAACCUGGUUCCCUCUUCCAGACUUGGCCUUAGAUAGCACUUUCAAUAAGAUGAGGACCAAACAUACUUUUAAAAUCACAGAAAUGGUUAAACAAACAAAAUCAGUGGUUUCCAAUUGUCUCUGGCCUUGAACCCUACUGAAAACCUGUCUUAAUCAAAAGGGGAAGUCUGCAUUCACAAAUGUAGUAUGAAGAAGCUUAAAAUGUUCUGCAUGAGGAGUGCACCAAGUACACUGUACAAGUGUUUUCAGCCUUGUUAGACAUUACAGGAAUAGACUCAGUGUUAUUCUCUCCAGGGCAAAAUUGGACCACUUAAACAAAUCUUUUUUUGUGUGUGUGUAUGUUUGGAAAAAGGAAAACCUUUAAAUAAAACUAUACAAUGCCCCUGUAUGUUUGAGCUCAAAAUAUCACCUAUUGCAUGUGUUAUUCUUUUAAUAUAUUAAUUUUUGCU